AUGGCAGUGGUUGCUUCUGCGCUGGGAAAAGUUUUGAUGACUGGUGGAUAUCUUAUUCUGGAGAGGCCUAAUGCAGGGAUUGUACUAAGUACAAAUGCCCGAUUUUAUGCUAUUGUCAAGCCGCUUUAUGAGGACCUUAAACCUGACAAUUGGGCAUGGGCAUGGACAGAUGUGAAACUGACAUCUCCUCAGAUGGGUAGAGAAACUAUGUAUAAACUGUCUCUUAAGCAUCUGCAGCUACAGUGUGUAUCUUCAAGUGAUUCAAGAAACCCAUUCGUAGAAUAUGCAUUGCAAUAUGCUAUAGCAGCAGCACAUGCCACCUUUGACAAUACUAAGAAGGAGGAGCUACAUAAACUUUUGUGGCUAGGUCUUGACAUUACGAUUUUAGGCUGCAAUGAGUUCUAUUCAUAUAGAAAUCAG